AUGGCUUCCUUACGGGGACUACUCGCCCUGGUGGCGUUCUCGAUCGUCGUCCUGCUCGGUGACAACCAACCGAACUACCGUGCCGGCGUUGACGCUAGCAUGAUCUACACCGGCAUAAAGCUACCAUUCCCGCGGCAUCGUACGUUCUACAAAUCGGUCGGCGAACACAAGAUCGGACCGAAUCUGUACGAGGUCAGCACGAUCAUCCAGGAGGACAUACUGUUGCGCAAACGGUGUGAAUGCAUGCCGCGGUACCGGUGUCGCGUACCGCGCAACAUCUUCUACCUAUCGAACCGCGAUUGCCAUCAUCGGGAAAAAGUGUGCUGCGAAUUGCUGGAAAAUGCGUUCGAGUCGACCAACGAUACCGCGAUCGAGCAGAUGGGUUUCGUGAACGAUAAUGAGAUUUAA